AAAAAGAAAAGAAAUGUCAGGUAAAAGACGAGGGUCCGAUACGAUACCGUUAUUAGGCCAACAAAAGUCAAAAUCUCAUCUACACCAACAAUCUUCUUCUUCCUCUUACCAAAAUCUCUCCUCCUCCGCCUCCGCUGUCUAUCUCGAGAUGGCCGCCGCCUCCGCCACCGCCGGCGAUGGCGAUGUGGAUGGCGUUCUCGCCCGCACCGUUUUCCUCGGUGUCGACGUCGGCACCGGCAGCGCUCGUGCAGGUCUAUUUGAUGAAAAUGGGAAGCUUCUUGGUUCGUCCAGUAGCCCAAUACAGAUUUGGAAAGAGGGCGACUGCAUUGAGCAAUCUUCUACGGAUAUCUGGCUUGCAGUCUGUGCUGCUGUGAAAGCUGCAUGCUCCAUUGCAAAUAUUGCUGGGGAAGAAGUAAAGGGUAUUGGAUUUGCAGCUACUUGUUCUCUUGUUGCUGUUGAUUCCGAUGGCUCUCCUGUUACUGUAUCUUGGAGUGGUGACUCUAGAAGAAACAUAAUAGUGUGGAUGGACCACAGAGCUGUAGAACAAGCUGAGAGAAUCAAUUCACGUAAUUCGCCUGUAUUGCAGUACUGUGGUGGGGCUCUCUCCCCUGAAAUGCAGCCACCAAAGCUUUUGUGGGUGAAAGAAAAUUUGCAAGAAUCAUGGUCAAUGGUGUUCAGGUGGAUGGAUUUGAGUGAUUGGUUGUCAUACAGAGCAACAGGAGAUGAUACUAGAAGUCUGUGUACCACAGUGUGUAAGUGGACAUAUCUUGGUCAUGCACACAUGCAACAAAACAGUGAGAAAGAUUCACGAGAUAUGGAAGCUUGUGGAUGGGAUGACGAUUUUUGGGAGGAGAUUGGAUUGGCUGACCUUGUAGAGGGUCAUCAUGCUAAGAUAGGACGAAGUGUAGCUUUCCCUGGCCAUGCGUUGGGUUCUGGUCUAACUCCAACUGCUGCGAAGGAAUUAGGUUUGUUAGCAGGAAUUCCUGUUGGGACUUCAUUAAUUGACGCUCAUGCUGGUGGUGUGGGGGUAAUGGAAAGCGUGCCUGUCUCAGAUUCUGAAGCAAAAGAGGAUGAUGUGGAAGCUCUAUGCCAUCGCAUGGUGUUGGUAUGUGGAACCUCUACUUGCCAUAUGGCUGUAUCAAAGAGCAAGCUAUUCAUUCCGGGGGUCUGGGGACCAUUUUGGUCAGCUAUGGUACCAGAAUAUUGGCUUACAGAAGGUGGUCAAAGUGCUACUGGUGCAUUAUUGGAUCACGUAAUUGAAAACCAUGUUGCUUCUGCUCUCCUUGCAAAUCGUGCAGCUUCUCGAAAUAUCUCUAUAUUUGAACUUCUGAACAAGACAUUAGAAACAAUGACGCUUGAUCUGAAGCUUCCGUUUCUUGCUUCAUUGACUGAAGAGACACAUGUCCUUCCUGAUUUCCAUGGAAAUAGGUCACCUAUUGCAGACCCAAAAGCAAAAGGAAUAGUCUGUGGCUUAACUCUUGACACAAGUGAGAAGCAGCUGGCUCUUUUGUACCUUGCUACAGUCGAAGGUAUUGCAUAUGGUACACGUCACAUUGUGGAGCACUGUAAUGCCCAUGGUCACAAAAUUGACACUAUACUUGCAUGCGGUGGCCUUGCAAAGAACCCAUUAUUUGUUCAAGAACAUGCAGAUAUAAUCGGUUGUCCUAUUAUUCUGCCACGAGAAAGCGAAUCUGUGCUCUUGGGUGCUGCCAUUCUUGGCUCUGUUGCUGCAAGAAAGUAUUCUAGCGUGCACGAGGCUAUGAAGGCUCUAAAUGCAGCCGGUCGGGUUAUUCAUCCUUCUAAAGAUCCCAAAGUGAAGAAGUACCAUGAUGCCAAAUAUCGGAUCUUUCGCGAGCUCUACGAACGGCAGCUAUCCCAUCGGUCCCUAAUGGCGCAAGCAUUGACAUAGUUGUGCAGCUUGGUAUCAACCUGGUGACUUUUAACUGAAUAUAAAUGUUUUAAAUCCACGGUUUUCAGCAAUUUGUCAGAAAAAUAUUUCAAAACAGUGGACAGGAUGAUGAGUUCUAAAAGAAAUUAAACAUCUGAACCGAACUUGUGUAUAGGCUCCUGUGGUUUCAUUUUAUGUUCUUUUUGUUGA